AGCUGUCUGUCAUAAAGCAACACAACAGCACGCGCUUCUCCAGAGCACAGCAAACCCGACGAGGCGACAGCUGAUCUCCGUCUCCACUCAGCAGCCAGACACGAUCCCACAAUUAAAGCAAAGCGGGACAGCAUUCGCGUCAAAAUGGACUGGUGUACAGACGAACUAACGUGAAAUUGAUAUCUGGGAGCGCUGCACUUGUACCGCGUGCAUGGGAUUUUCUGAAGUAGGUGUUUACUCUUUUUAACCCGCAGCACAAUGUUCAUGUUUGACAGCCGCACGUAACAUCUCAUCUUAUGCUGAAUAUGACAGAGGACGUUAUGACGGCUGUGCGCGGAAACCUUUCCCAAACAGCAGUCGCCUCGGGACAGAAGGAUAACGGACAAGCUGAGCCGACUAACGGGGCGAUUCCGUGCUCGUCUUCCCCGGUGGAGCUCAGCGAGGAGCCCCUGUCCUGCAGCAGCGAGCUGACCCGCACGUGGCUGCAGUUCGCCAAGACUUUCGUCGUUAUCUUCCCCAUUUAUGUCUUGGGGUAUUUCGAGUUCAGCUUCAGCUGGCUUUUAAUCGCACUUACGAUAUUUUUCUUUUGGAAAAGAAACACCAAUUCUAAAAACACCAGGCUAAGCAGAGCGAUGUCCAUUUUUGAUCCGGAUGACGCUGUUAAACAGGAGCUGGAUGCCACUGAGUUACCAUCAUGGGUUCAUUAUCCAGAUGUGGAGAGAGUUGAGUGGCUUAAUAAGACGGUGAACCAAAUGUGGCCUUACGUGUGUCAGUUUGUUGACAAGUUGUUUAAGGAAACAAUUGAGCCAGCCAUCAAAGAAUCCAACGCACACCUCAGUACAUUCAGCUUCACCAAGAUCGAUCUGGGAGAUAAGCCUCUCAGGAUCAAUGGGGUCAAAGUUUACUCUGAAAAUGUGGACAAACGGCAGAUCAUAAUGGACCUUCAGAUCAGUUAUGUUGGGAACACUGAAAUUGAUGUGGAUGUCAAAAGGUACUACUGCAGAGCGGGGAUUAAAAGUAUACAGCUACAUGGAGUUCUGCGGGUGAUUCUUGAGCCACUUUUGGGGAAUAUGCCGCUGGUUGGUGCCUUUUCCCUCUUCUUCCUCAAGAAGCCACUGUUGGACAUAAACUGGACAGGCCUCACAAACAUAUUGGACAUUCCAGGUCUUAAUGGCUUUUCAGAUCAAAUGAUCCAAGAUAUUAUCAGCGCUUACAUGGUGUUGCCUAACAGGAUCACAGUGCCGUUGAUAGGUGAGGUUGAGCUGGCACAGCUUCGCUUCCCCAUGCCAAAGGGAGUGCUGAGGAUUUAUUUUAUUGAAGCUCAGAAUCUGGAAGUAAAGGACACGUAUCUUGGCGGACUAAUCAAAGGCAAGUCUGACCCAUAUGGUAUGCUGCUGGUCAGCAACCAACUUUUCAGAAGUAAGACAAUCAAAGAGUGUCUGCACCCCAAGUGGAACGAGGUGUAUGAGGCACUAGUAUAUGAACCUUCAGGACAACAUCUGGAAAUUGAGCUCUUUGAUGAAGACCCAGAUAAAGAUGAUUUCUUGGGAAGUCUAAUGAUUGACUUGACUGAGCUUCAUAAAGAACAGAAGGUUGAUGAGUGGUUUGAUUUGGAAGAAGUUACUACAGGCAAACUUCACCUGAGACUAGAGUGGCUGUCACUGUACUCGAGUGCUGAAAAACUAGAUCAAGUACAGAAGAGCAUAAGGACUAAUGACAAUCUCUCUUCCGCUCUGCUUAUUGUUAACCUGGAUUCAGCCAGUAAUUUGCCAAGUGUCUUUGAGGGCAGUUUUGGCUGUGGAAACCUAAAGGAAAGGAGAGCGUCUGGUCUAGUCUUUUGUGAGAACGCUGACUCUCUCUGUAGAGAGUUAUUUUCUGGUAAGAAAGUGAGCAUAGAUCCAAAUCCUUUUGUCAAACUGACUGUAGGACAGAAGACGUGCACAAGCAAGGUGAGGUAUAAAACCAGUGAGCCACUGUGGGAAGAGACUUUCCCCUUCCUUAUCAACAACCCCCAGACUCAGGAACUGGAAAUUGAGGUGAAGGAUAGUAAGCACAAGUGCUCUCUGGGUAGUCUACAAGUGUCUCUUGCAUCUCUCCUGAAUGAGGUGGACAUGACUCUGAAUCAGCAGUUUCCUCUGCAGAGCUCCGGCCCCAACAGCACCCUCAAACUCAAAAUGGCUCUCAGGAUCCUGUCGUUGGAAAAGGAGGUCACAUCCAGCCACCCGUCAUCUGUCCGAGUGAGAAUCACUAGUCAGAGUAACACUUGUGUGCCUCCAAAACCUCAAGCUACCAGCAGCCCUACAGACAUCCAGCCGUCCCAGAACCCACCCUGUACCCCUCCACCGGACACGCCUCAGGGGAAAAGAGGGUCUGAUGGCUCCCCGGUGCGGUUAGCAGAUGCUGGUCGCAGUCUGUCCAGUCUUGGGAUAGGCAGCUCGCACAAGCGUCAGUCUCAUCGAGACUCUACGCCUAGUCUGGCCUCCGACAUUUCUCUACCCUGCGCCACACUGGAGCUCCAGCAGAGGUUACAGCAGCUGCAAAAUGGCUCUGGGCUGAACCUGUAUCCGCUUGGAGAAGUCCAGCUCACUGUCCGACACAGCUCGCAGAGGAAUAAACUUAUCGUAGUGGUUCAUGCCUGCAGAAACCUCAUAGCAUUGAACAAAGAUGGCUCAGACCCAUACAUCCGCCUCUACCUGUUACCAGACAAGAGCCGCAGUGGCCGCAGAAAAACCAGCACACUCAAGAAAACGCUCAACCCCAUCUAUGAUCAGUCCUUUGAGUUCAGUGUGUCAAUGGUGGAGCUGCACAGGCGGACUCUAGACAUCGCUGUCAAGAACGGAGGAGGACUGCUGUCUAAAAACAAGCUACUGCUGGGCAAGACACUUGUGGACUUGGGAAGUGAAGACAUUUCUAAAGGAUGGACUCAUUGGUAUCAUCUGACAGAGGAUGGCGCAAAGAAACUAAUGCAGACGUAGUGGCGCGUGCAAGAAAGCAGAAAUGAAUGGUACAGCAGGUAACUGGGACAUGUUGCGGCCCGCACAGGAUCACGCAGAAGCGAUAGUAGCAGGAGAGUAACGGCGCUGGACUAACUAAACCAGGCUACUUCUAUUGGGAUUUACACUGGCCUACAAAAAGUCUCUCUCACUCUCACCAAAGCUCAAAUUGCAGUCGUCAACAUCAAUGUUCUGCUUUCCCACGAUUUCUUAAAGGAUUAAAGCUCACAGUCUUUCCUGUUUUGUCUGCUUGUUUUUUGUUUUAUUCGUUAUUGCACAUUAUUUGACUUUUCGCUGAAUAAAAAUGGCCAGAAGAUGUACUUUGAGAAAAAAGAAAACCUCUAGAUCAUCAGAUUUAUGAAUGCAAACAGUAGCAUACAUAUUUUAAGUUAAUAUAUAUUACCUUUUUGUCAUAGAUGUUUCAGUUUGUUACACAAAACACACAGUCAUUUUUUUUUCGAAAGAAAGAUGCUACAUAUGUAAAUAUGUACUGUAUGUAUGAACUGUUUUUCUUUGUUUUGGUUUGAUGCUGUGCUUUCUUACUACCACAAAUGGUAAUGUACAAUCUUGUCAGAAAUGAUGUUCAGCUCUUCAUAAAUGAUCCAUUGAUAAUACUUUAUUUUAAAAGUAUUUCAUUGUUUCUUGUUCCUGUACAGAAAUAUUUUAUACCCGUUUUGUUUGCAAGAGUUUUUUCAGGUACAGCAAAAUGGUGGGUAUAGUAUGUGAUAUUUGUAAGUAGAAAAUAGCUUGAUUACAAAGUGUUUUGCUCAUGGAUUGUUUUAAGACUGUGAAACGGCUGUUGGUGUGAUUUCCAGCCUUCUUCUUCUCUAUGCAUCAAGCAUGAUUAUUCAGAAACAUGACAUUUAACUUGAAUCACACUGCACUUGUGACUUUGUUCACUCACCAAUUUUUCUGGACCUUUGAGUAUUUUUUUCCAAACAUAUCAUAUCAGCGCAUGAGGAAUUUCGGCUUUCAGGCGAUUAUCUUGGAGAUGUUCUUAAUUUUUAAGCUGCAAAUGUUUUGUCACUCUGGGAUUUGCCUCCUUUUUAAAAUUAAGAGCCUGAAUGCGUUUUAUUACCUUAAUAUGGUUUUCAUUUUUAUUUUAUGUGUUUUUGUUAACAAGGUUGUAUGGAAGGUAUUAAAGCAACUGAAUAAAAGAUUAUUCUCACUGU